AUGCCUCAUGCCCCGCCUUCACUCUCCUUCUCUGUUCUUUAUACAAGUUCUCCUUGUUCAUCACUAUUGACCAAUCCUACCUCUUCUCCUUCCUCAUUCAAAUUGUCUCCCUUUCUGACAGAAGAGAUACGUGCUCUGGCUCAGCUUGAGGACCUGAUCGGCCUGAACGUUGACCUGCUUCUCGUCACCUUCCCCAUUUUUCUUGGAGUCAUCCUCACAUACGUUGUUGGUAUGACGACCACUUGGGCAGUCGGCGCUUCUGUCGGUAGCGUGGGCAUAUUUCUUCAGGCACUUUCUCUGAGUGAGUCUGAGUAA